AUGGGUGAAACUGAAGUAAAGUACCUAAAGGGCGCCCGCCGCCAGAGCACUAGUGUCGGUGUGGAAAGCGUUCAUGAAUUGCAAGUUGUUGGUACAUCAAUGGAAGCGAGACUUUUACAAGGCAGCAUUCCAAAGGAUAACAAUAAAUGGGUAGCAUUCAAGACUGUCAGAGAUCAUGUGACGCUCGAGGGCAGUGGAGGCGGGGGCAUCAUGUUCAGACUACUGAGAGUAGACGAGGAUGGUUGGGAAGAAUCAAAACUGCUGCUCAGAGCCACAGGAGUAAAAUUAACUGGCGUCGAUAGUGCGAAUGCUGGUAAAUUAGAUUCGGAUGAUGGAUUUCCUGAAAGAAGUGUAGUCGGCGCCUGUCGUAGCUACAGGAGGGAUGCGAGUGACCAGAGGCUGCAGUUGCGGAUUCAAUCUACAAGGACAAACAGGUUGGACGGCAUCGAUAAACUGAGCUGUGCUUGCUGCAGUGCUUGCAAGGAACUGGUGCAAGCUUUGUCAAACAAAGCACCUAGUGGCAAGCAUGUAGCGAUGAACAUCAUAACGAAGUCUGGAGGACAGGAUCAGCACUUGAGCAACUUGCAUAAUGCGAAGCUGUGCAUAGUGCUUGUAUUGGUGGCUCAUCAUAUCAUCCGUGGCCCUUGUACCUCCAAAGAGGGCCUCAAAUACCAAGCUCAAUAUUAUCAUCAAGAAGAUGGAUCCAGCAUCGUCUACUCGCAUGGACUGAAAUAUCCUUCUAGCAUGCUUUUUCUGUCCAAUCAGAGAUUUUCAGAGGACACCGACAAAGCAUUCAGUGCGAAGGUUAACUUGACCGCAUUCAGACUUCUCACAUGUCUAUGGGCCGGAGACCCACCAGGUCAAGACUACGACAAUGACCAGACGUGUUUGGUGGCUACUUGUUGGAGUGGUGUCCAUUCUCGAUUACCCACAUUCGCAUACAUAAGCUCAGAACAAUACACUCAAUUGUACCUCACUGCUUUGUACUACCAUUAAUUUAAUGCAUCACAUUGUUAUAUCUGAA